AUGGAAAAACUUUGGUCUAACUUUUUUAUGGUUAUACUAUUUAUUAAUAGUUUUGUGAUCAGUUCUGAGCGACUCACUGUCAUUUGUGAUCACACUUCGCAACACAUAGGUAGCUCAGACGCAACGACCGCUCAAAUAAACCCUACCAGAAUGAAACUAAUAAUUGCCGUUCUGUUUGUGGCUCUUGCCUCUGCACAUGAUCUCAAGCUCUCCGAGGAACAAAAGCAAAAAGCUCACGAACAUGCCGCAGAGUGCGUCAAGCAGGAGGGCAUAACAAAGGAGCAAGCAAUGGCAUUGCGCAAAGGAGAUUUCACCGACACCGAUCCUAAGGUGAAAUGCUUUGCCAACUGUUUCCUGACUAAAGCCGGCUUCAUCCAAGAUGGCGAGGUUAAGCCGGACGUAGUCCUUGCCAAGUUGGGUCCCAUCGAAGGAGAGGCCACUGUCAAGGAGGUGCAAGCCAGUUGCGAUUCACUUAAAGGAGAGAACGCUUGUGACACCGCCUACCAGUUGUUUCAAUGCUACUAUAAGCACAAGUCACAGCUAUAAGCAGCAAACUGUAAUCGAAGCUGUGUGAAGCUGCUUCUAUCUCCAUAAAUAAAAAUACUUAAAGUCA